CCUGCUCCUGCCCUCUGACCUCACAGCCCCUGUCCCCCAGUCUGUCUCCAGUGACCACAGCCACACAUAUGUGUCAUGGACCUACCGCCCUUUGACAUGUGGAGAGACUACUUUAACCUAAGCCGGGUGGUGCUGGAUAUCAUCCAGAGACGGAAGCAGAGACUGGAGAAUGAGGUACCUGAGGAACCCAACUCCAGGCCCCAGGGGACGAGCGAGCAGGGCCCGGAGGUCUACCCCGGAAGUCUGGCUACCAUAUGCAACUUCUGCAAGCACAAUGGGGAGUCUCGUCACGUCUACGCCUCACACCAGCUGAAGACGCCUGAAGGGGUGGUUGUGUGCCCCAUCCUGAGACAUUACGUGUGUCCUCUAUGCGGGGCCACCGGUGACCAUGCUCAUACACUCAAGUAUUGUCCACUCAACAACAGCCAGCAGUCUCUCUACCGUCGCAGUGGACGAAACUCAGCCGGUCGCAAAGUCAAGCGAUAAGUGAGACCCCGUGAGGUACCGCUCACCCACAUCCCAAACCCUCCUGCUUCUGACCCUAGUACCCUCUGCAAUGCUCACCCAGCCCUCUGGAGGUCCCUGGAUCUAAAUGUUCUCUGUGCCUUCAGGAUCCUGAAACACUGGGGAAUGCUGGCAGCCCAGACUACGUGUCUCAGACAUUCCUGGUACUGUGAGAACCAUUCUCCAUGGACUGUGUGAGUCUUGGUGGCUUCUUUUGGAUUGUGAGGGCCUGCGGAUGACACUAAGGUGGUCUCUUUGACGUCUCGGUUCCCCUAUAAAGAUCCCUUGGGCGAUCCCUGGAUUUGCCAUCCUAUUGAAUCCAGUGUGCUCUGACAGGCUAAUCUUACAAAUCUGGGGCCAGUGCCAGAGACUGAUCCUGAUCAUCACUGCCAAGAAGUUGAUACUGGUACUAUGAGACCAUCCAUCUUCAGCUUCUUCAGCAUCUGCAGACUCAAGUUUCUUCAUGGACCAUUCAAGUUCAGCCCUCAAUUCUUUGAACGUGCCACCCGCCCAUCAGGACUAAGAGGAGGGUUAUGGGAACUAGAGGAGGGUUGGGACCCUCUGGGAAGGCUGUCAGACCUUUGUAACUUCACAGACUGCCUCGGGUGAGCUGAAGCCCACAGAUCUCAUUCAUUACUAACCCCAGUUCACUCUAUUCCUGCCCCCAGCUCCAGUCAUGGCUGGAUCCCUGCCCCUGGUGGGUGAGAGACAUGUAUCUCUUUUCCACCCGUCCAAUAUUGUUGAGUGUGUUAAGCCAGUGUGGUGAGAAGAGUCAGACCUCACGGGAAUGGUUACUGCUUAGAUUUUAAUUGUAGGGUCAGAGAAGAAUGCCAGUUGGAUUUUAUGCUAUUUAGGAGGCUUAGAAAUGGGAUGAGGGUGGAGGAGGGGGGUGCCUGCUGCUGAAUAAAGCGUCCUUCUUA